GAGGAAGUGCUGCUGUGUAUGACCAGGGAACCGCAACGUGAGGCAGUCAUUAUCCAGCGGCCAGACCUCUCCUCCUGUAUCGGGGAGAAGAGGCCGGGAGCUAUGGAGCUGCUGAGGGGAGACGUUCAUCUGGUGGUGUGGGCGACUGCGGCUGUGCUCCUGCUGACAUUGCUGCUCUACUCCACCGUCCCGUUCCUGGCGGAUUACAUUCGGAAACGGAGAAUCAUGAAGCCGAUCCACGGAGUGGGCCCCAAUUACCCCCUAGUGGGGGACGCCCUGCACCUGAAGCCUAAUGGAGGAGAUUUCUUUCUACAAAUCAUUGAAUACACCGAAUCACUCCGAGAUCUACCAUUUUUUAAAUUGUGGAUUGGUCCUAUGCCUUUUUUUAAUAGUAUAUCAUGCAGAAACUGUAGAGCCUAUACUUAGCACAUCAAAACACAUGGACAAGUCCUUUGCAUAUAAAUUUCUUCAUCCUUGGCUUGGAUUGGGACUAUUAACAAGCACUGGAGAAAAGUGGAGAUCAAGAAGAAAGAUGAUAACUCCAACUUUCCAUUUUGCUAUCCUUGCCGAAUUCUUGGAAGUUAUGAAUGAGCAGUCAAAAAUAUUGGUGGAUAAGCUUAACAGUCAUGUUGGCAAAGGAACUUUUAAUUGUUUCAUGGAUAUUACACUGUGUGCUUUGGAUAUAAUAUGUGAGACGGCCAUGGGAACUAAAAUUCAAGCACAGAACAACAGUGACUCUGACUACAUCAAGGCUAUCUAUGAAAUGAGUGAUAUGAUACAAUGUCGGCAGAAGAUGCCCUGGUUGUGGCCAGAUUUUGUGUACUCGCGCUUGAAAGCCGGAAAGAAUCAUGAUAAAAACCUGAAAAUUCUCCACGGAUUUACUGAUAAAGUAGAGACCAUUUUAGAGAGAGCAGAAGAACUGAAAAAUGACGAAGCAACUACCAAUGGUAGUGCAGAUAAGAAAUCCAAAAAGAGAAGUGCCUUCUUGGAUAUGCUUCUCAAAGUAACAGAUGAUGCUGGCAAUACUUUGAGCUAUAAGGACAUCCGUGAAGAAGUUGACACCUUCAUGUUUGAGGGUCACGAUACAACUGCUGCUGCUCUUAACUGGUCCUUAUUUUUAUUGGGAUCCCACCCAGAAAUCCAGGCAAAGGUGCACAAAGAACUGGAUGAGACUUUUGGUCAGUCUGACAGGCCGGUGACAAUGGAUGAUCUGAAGAAGCUGCGUUAUCUUGAAACAGUUGUUAAAGAAGCACUCAGAAUUUACCCUUCAGUUCCAUUCUUUGCCAGGACCAUCACUGAAGAUUGCACCAUUAGAGGGUUUCUUAUACCUAAAGGUGUAAAUGUAGUAAUUGUACCAUUCGCACUGCAUCGAGAUCCAGAAACUUUCCCUGAGCCAGAGGAAUUUAGACCAGAACGUUUUCUUCCUGAGAAUUCAAGCGGACGUAAUCCUUAUGCAUAUAUACCUUUCUCUGCUGGGCUUAGGAACUGCAUAGGCCAACGAUUCGCUUUAAUGGAAGAAAAAGUUGUUCUAUCUACCAUCCUGAGAAACUUUUCCGUAAAAGCAAGCCAAAAGAAGGAGGAAAUUCGCCUGUUGGGAGAACUUAUUCUGCGUCCGCAGGAUGGCAUUUGGAUUGAGCUGGAGCACAGAACACCCAGCUCUGUUGCCCAAACCUUGUGA